UUUUAUAGUUUUCAACGCCAGCGUAGGUGGCCGUGUGGGACAGUGUGCUUCAUGGCGGUGGCGGUUUUUGCGAUUCCGGACAGUAAAUAAAUCAUAAAAGGUCUCCCUGGAUAUUUCUCCACUGGUUAUUGGCAUUAGGACACCUCACAAGAGAGCAGGCGCUAAGGAGGCAAGGCUCUGAUGAUGGAGAAUGGACAGAGCACAGCCUCGAAGCUUGGCCUGCCGCCUCUCACCCCUGAACAGCAGGAGGCCCUGCAGAAGGCGAAAAAGUAUGCCAUGGAACAGAGCAUCAAGAGUGUGCUGGUCAAGCAGAGCCUCGCCCAACAGCAGCCAAUUAACAACCUUCAGAUCCCCAAUUCCAUACAGAUGGCCUCACUGACCAUGGCUGGCUUCGGUGACCCUCUUUCACCCUUACAGUCGGUUGCAGCACAGCGGCAACGGGCGCUUGCCAUAAUGUGCCGUGUUUACGUGGGCUCGAUCUACUAUGAGCUUGGAGAGGAUACCAUUAGACAAGCGUUUGCACCUUUCGGGCCAAUCAAGAGCAUCGACAUGUCCUGGGACUCAGUUACGCUUAAGCACAAGGGUUUUGCAUUUGUAGAAUAUGAGGUACCGGAGGCAGCACAGCUGGCUUUAGAGCAAAUGAACUCUGUCAUGUUAGGGGGAAGAAACAUUAAAGUCGGACGGCCAAGCAACAUCGGUCAAGCUCAGCCAAUCAUAGACCAGCUAGCCGAAGAAGCCCGCGCCUAUAACAGAAUCUACGUAGCAUCUGUGCACCCUGACCUGUCAGACGACGACAUCAAGAGCGUCUUUGAGGCCUUUGGAAGAAUCAAGUCCUGUAUGCUGGCACGAGAGCCUACAACAGGAAAACACAAGGGCUACGGCUUCAUAGAGUAUGACAAGGCCCAGUCAGCGCAGGACGCAGUGUCCUCUAUGAACCUGUUUGAUUUGGGUGGUCAAUACCUGCGCGUGGGCAAAGCAGUGACACCGCCCAUACCGAUGCUGACGCCCACAGCACCCGGGGGCCUGCCCCCUGCUGCUGCAGUGGCUGCUGCUGCGGCCACUGCCAAAAUAACCGCCCAGAUGGCAUGGAAUCUUUCCACUCCGGAGAAUCGGACAGAAGAGUUCCUCAACUGUCUGGAAGCGGUGGCUGGCGCGUCCAUCCUGGGGGCAAUGACGGCCGGCUCAGUGAACCUGCCACAGCUCCCCCAGGCUGUUAUGGCAGCACAGGCCCCAGGGGUCAUCACAGGCGUGACUCCAGCACGGCCUGUUGUACCCCAGGUUGGUCUAGUGAACCCUGUCUUGGCCUCUCCACCCAUGAUCUCUGCUGCUGUGGCUGCCGCACAGGAGGCCAAGGAGAAGAAGGACAAGGAAGAGGAGGAAGCAGCCCUAGAUGGGACGGGUCAGGAGAUGCUCAGUGAACAGGAGCACAUGAGUAUCUCUGGCAGCAGUGCUAGACACAUGGUUAUGCAGAAACUCCUAAGGAAGCAAGAGUCAACGGUUAUGGUGCUCAGGAACAUGGUCGGACCGGAAGACAUAGAUGACGACCUAGAAGGUGAGGUAACGGAAGAAUGUGGAAAGUUUGGUGCUGUCAACAGAGUCAUCAUUUACCAGGAGAAGCAGGGUGAGGAGGAGGACGCAGAGGUCAUCGUUAAGAUAUUUGUGGAGUUUUCAGCAGCAUCCGAGAUGAACAAGGCCAUUCAGGCUCUUAACAAUCGCUGGUUUGGAGGUCGAAAGGUCGUUGCUGAGGUUUACGAUCAAGAGCGGUUUGACAACAGCGACCUCUCGGCAUAGACUGAAAAAAAGUAUCCAACUCCUUCAGUGACCUGUUUUUGUUUCUCACACACUCACAGAUACAGCUGCUGACCGCUUUUCCCAGUGGUGCAGGCUUCACUUUUUAACCUGUAAUUAUUUUUUAUUGAUGUUGAUAUUAAUAUUAUUACAGAUCCCAUUCAGGGACAAUGGCAAACAAACGCUCAUGGAUUUUUUUUUUUUUUUUUUUUUUUUUAAUCACUGUUGUGUACUGUGAAGGACUGGAAAUGUUUUUGUAUUCUGUUUCCCCUCCCCACCAUCAGUUAGUUUUAAUUAGGUUGCAAUUUUUCUUUUGUUUAUUUCAAAAAGUACUUUUUUUCAGAAGACUCUCUACCUUGUUCUAAAACUUUUGGUUCCAAAUGUCCAAAAAAUAAAUUCUUCAGAUCUGA